CGAAUUCUAGCAAAUGUUCCAUUUAUUGAAUCAAUUCCAAUAUUUGCUGAUAAUAAAUUAUUAAAUAAUAAUUCUGUUUUUAAUAAUUAA